CGUUCCACCUUUCCCAGCAAAGCACUUGGGUUGGUCCUGCAGUUGCCAGCAACUGGCACACCUGCCGAGGCCUCUCUGGGGCAGCCAUGAAGUCCCUCAUCCUGCUCGUUUGUCUUGCUCAGCUUUGGGGCUGCCACUCGGCCCCACACGGGCCACAGCUGACUUAUAGUCAACCGAACUGUGAUGACCCAGAAACAGAGCAAGCAGCCUUGGCAGCUGUGGACUACCUCAACAGCCACCUUCAGCAGGGAUACAAGCAUGUCUUGAACCAGAUUGACAAGGUGAAGGUGUGGCCUCGGCGGCCCUUUGGAGUGAUAUUUGAGCUUGGAGUAGACACUCUGGAGUCCACCUGCCACGUAUUUGACCCUACCGCACUGGCAAACUGUACCGUGAGGCAGGUGGCAGAACAUGCUGUGGAAGGAGACUGUGAUUUUCGGGUACUGAAACAAGAUGGCCAGUUUUCUGUGGUGUUUGCCAAAUGUGAUUCCAGUCCAGACUCGGCUGAGGAUGUUCGUAAGGUAUGCCCGCAAUGCCCCCUGCUGGCCCAGCUCAACGACACCAGGGUCGUGCACGCUGUGGAGGCUGCCCUGGCUGCCUUCAACGUUCAGAAUAACGGCUCCUAUUUCCAGCUGGUGGAGACUUCCCGGGCUCAACUUGUGCCUCUCCCACCCUCUACCCGUGUGGAGUUUGCAAUAGCUGCCACUGACUGUGUUGCUAAGGAGGUCGCAGAUCCAGCUAAAUGCAACCUAUUGGCAGAAAAGCAAUACGGUUUCUGUAAGGCAACAGUCACUGAGAAGCUCGGAGGGGAAGAGGUUGCCGUGACCUGCACGGUGUUCCAACCACAGCCUGCAGCCCCACAGCCCCAGCCAGCUGAUCCCACAAUGUCCGUCCUUGUUGCUGUGGACCCCCCUGGACCUGCAUUCCCUCCAGCUGGCCCACCUGCAGCUGCCAUGGUGGUGGGACCCAUGGUGGUGGCUGCUCGCCCAGGACCCCCAUUGCACCGGACUCACUAUGAUCUGCGCCAUGCCUUUUCAGGGGUGGCUUCAGCGGAGUCUGCCUCAGGCGAAGCGUUUCACCCAGGCAAAGCACCCGGGGUGACACAGCCUGGUGUUGCUGGUGCUGUUGGUCCAAUGGUCCUCCCCCCAUGCCCAGGGAGGGUCAGACACUUCAAGGUCUAGACUAAACACAGCAGUGAUGCAAAGGUUUGGCAGAAAGAAUAUAACCACUCUUUUGUCCAAACCUGGACACGGGAGGGGGCCAUUUCUGCUGUCAAGUGCGUGUCACAUGUGGCCUAGAUUAAUAGCAAGUCUUGAAUCACAGCUUCUCUUCAUUCCUCAGAGGACAGAAGCAGAGGGGUGCUGGUUCUGUCUGAUGGAAGGCUUAAGACCAACAACUAGAUUGUCAUGGUUUUCAUCAUAAGCCACCAUCAUUGUGUUCUCUGACUUCUGGAUGACCUCACAAAAACAAUUAUAACUGUGACUUUGAAAGGUGCUCUUGCUAAGCUUGUAUCUGUUAAUGAAAGUGUCAGAAGGACCUCCCUUAAUAAAGAAGGUUCUAAGCUGAAA